AUGGGAGAUCAGCAGCUCGACUGCGCUUUAGAUUUGAUGAGGCGUUUGCCACCUCAACAGGUAGAAAGAAAUUUGAAUGAUCUAAUUGAUUUGUGUCCUCGUUUGGUGGAUGACUUGUUGAGUGCUGUUGAUCAGCCAUUAAAAAUUGCUCGUGAUAAAGAAACAGGAAAGGAAUAUCUUCUUUGUGAUUAUAACAGGGAUAGCGAUAGUUAUCGCUCACCAUGGUCGAACACCUAUGACCCACCACUGGAAGAUGGUGCUUCACCAUCAGAUAAGCUUCGCAAACUAGAAAUUGAAAUGAAUGCCGCAUUCGAGGCUUACAGAGAUGCAUAUUUCGAGGGUGGUGUAUCGUCCGUAUACUUCUGGGAUUUGGACUAUGGUUUUGCAGGCGUUGUCUUAAUCAAAAAAAUCGGAGAUGGUUUGCGGAAUAUACAGGGUUGCUGGGAUUCAAUCCAUGUGAUCGAAAUACAAGAAAAAGCUGGUGGUAGGCAUGCACAUUACAAACUUACAAGUACAGUAAUGCUUUGGCUGCAAAUGACUAAGCAAGCAAGCGGUAUGAUGAAUUUAGGAGGAUCAGUUACGCGCCAGGCCGAAGCUGAUCAUCCAGUGAACGAUUCCACAAAUACCCAUCUCAUUAAUAUUGGAAAAAUGAUAGAAGACAUGGAGAGUAAAAUUCGAUCAACUUUAAAUGAAGUUUACUUUGGAAAAACCAAGCAGAUUGUUGGUGAAUUGCGUACCACACUUGAUGCUGAGGAACUGAAGCGACAAAAGAAAAUUGCAACGGAGAUAAAAGGAGCAUUAAAACCGUGUUUCGAACGGUACAUUGGUCAACGGUUAUCGGAAUUGCCACCGUACCAUAGCGAAUGGCGAAUGAAAACACCAGAAGAAUGUUUACUGUUUUGUGCACUUUCUUCGUCUCGUUGUCGAUCAAUAGUUCAUGAUAUUUUCCAACAUAUAUGCUACUAUUUCUUAAAUGAUGGACAACAGUAUGCACAAAUAGCACGUGGCAUGGUUUACUUCCGUGUAAUUAAUAAAAAAUGUUUAGAUCAAUUUCUAAAUGGUUCCAGUCUUACACUUCCGGAUUCAGAAUUCGCAAUUCCGGAAAUAUCACCGUCCACUCCGAAAUACAAUACCAUUACGAAUAGUAUUGAGUUACAGCGAGCGAUAGCUCAUGCAAACCCAUUAAUUCAUGUACCACCUGGUGGUCGAGCUAUAACACCCACUCCUUAUUUUGAUUAUUUUGAUAAUCAACAAAAAUUCAAGAAGCAUGAAAAAUUCGACGAAUUAAACAUUACCAUUGCUAAUUCUCCUAUGACUACUUCGGAUAAUUUUCAGAAAUCGCAAUAUUAUACUGUAAUUUCUACCAGUGGUAUCACUACCACUACUUUACCAUCUUCAUCAACCGUAUUCCCGAAAGUAUUCUCCGAAUACGACGAAGUAAUAUCAUCUUCCGAAUUAUCUUCCCCAAUCGUUCCAAUACUCGAGAAAGAUUCCAUUAAUUCAACAUCCAGAAAGCCUAAAGAAGCAUUGCAACAAUCAAAUCAUCAAAUAUAUCCCUCUGAUGAUGCUUCAUUUUUCAUCGGAAACAUUGGGAAUAUUCCAGUGUCUGGGACAAAUUUCGGGAAAGGUCAUCAGAAAGAUGGUAUUGAUUUGAAUAAACUAUUGAAAGCGAUUCCAGAAUACGUAAGACGAUCACCAAUUAAAAGCUCUCUAAUAAAUGCAGAAAAGUUAAAUAAGAUAAAGAAUUCCGGAAGAGAAUGUAACUCUUUUACAUAUGAUGAAGUAAAACGAUACUGCAUAGCAUAUAUCAACAAUGAUAAUGCCGUCAUGUCAUCUUUAGCUUUUUUACCAUCACCUGAAUCUGACUUCAAAAUUCGAACAGCUGUCAAAUUCUGCUAUCCAGGAAAUAUGAUUAUUUUCGAAGGAUGUUCCGAGUUUACAGCAUUUUUGGGUUACACCAUGAAUGUUAAACCUCGGAAAAUUUUUGAUGAUGUUCCAAGAGGUCAUCAUGGAUUGCAUGCAUGCAUUGAACUGUGUGUUGUAGCACCUCAUUUUCACUGCAAGGUAUUAUUUCCGGAAUUCUUUUAUAAGUAG